AACGCGUUGGUUCAUUUAUCAUGAUUGGCUCAUCGAUGUCAACCUCUCACACACGCUCCGACACAGUCACACACAAAAUUAAUCGAAAGAGAAGGUUUCAGCUUCGUGACCUUGACUUUUCUCCUCUCUCCCUUUUCUGUUUGCGCUAUGCAUCAUCAUCGAAUCGCAUCGCACGAUCCGCGUUCGCAUUAAACCCUCUCUGGCCAUGUUCAUCUUCACUUUAAUCUUCUUCUACGUAUCUUGAUUUUCUUCCUUCAUCAAACUUCAUCUCUUCGCUCGCGCCCGAUAAUCUAAUCCAGACAUCCUCUGCUACGCAAAACGAAUGUUGUUGUGAAUUCUUAUAGGUCAGUACCGUACGGAAAAAGGAAUAUAAGGUAGUUCAGGUUAGGGUUUCCAACAGAUGGAAUCGUCACCGUCGUCUUCGUCUUCCUCCUCGUUGUCGUCGUCUUCUGGAAGCGAUGCCGGCGGUGGUGGCGCUCUCACGUGGUUCGGGAUGAGUUUUCCGUUCCGUUCUCCGCUUUCUCUCGUGAUGGAUUACUGCACGCGCGAGGAUUCCGCGGAGCCCGUGAUUAUCAUUCCCCGGACGCGCCCGCGGUUUCAGGUGCCGGCUGAAUCUGCUGCUUCUGUUUCGGCCUCUGACUCUGGCGAUAAUGUGUGCGGCGGCGCUGAGGAGGUGGCGAUACGCAUCAUUGGGGCCGGCGAGCAAGAGAGCGGUUCGUCGCCGUCGUCAUCGAGGAGCCGCGCUGGGGAACCGGGAUGUGAGGAGGCGGCGGUGGUUGGGAGGAGCGGGAUGCUGUCGUCGGAGGCUCGCCGGCGAAUGGCUGAGGAGAGGGUGCCGUUGGUGUCUUUGGAUGAUGGGAUUGGUGGCGGUAGGGAUUCUUCUUCGUCUUCCUCUACCUACCAGAGGUAUGAUAUUCAGCAGGUUGCGAAGUGGAUUGAACAGAUUCUUCCGUUCUCCCUCUUGCUGUUGAUUGUUUUCAUCCGCCAGCAUUUGCAAGGUUUCUUUGUCACAAUUUGUAUAUCUGCUGUGAUGUUCAAGUCAAAUGAAAUUGUUAAAAAGCAGACUGCCUUGAAGGGAGAUCGGAAAGUCUCUGUUCUUCUUGGUAUCUCUUUUGCCUUUAUGCUGCAUGUUAUAUGCAUUUACUGGUGGUAUCGAAAUGAUGAUCUUUUAUACCCACUGGCCAUGCUUCCACCAAAGACAAGUCCACCUUUCUGGCAUACAAUAUUCAUCAUUUUGGUUAACGAUACAUUGGUGAGGCAAGCAGCAAUGGCUUUGAAGUGUUUAUUGCUUAUUUACUACAAAAAUGGAAGAGGCCAUAACUUUCGUCGGCAGGGUCAAAUGUUAACUCUGAUUGAGUACACUCUUCUGCUGUAUCGUGCCUUGUUGCCAACACCAGUUUGGUACCGAUUUUUCUUGAACAAGGAUUAUGGAAGCCUGUUUUCCUCACUGACCACAGGAUUGUAUUUAACUUUCAAGCUAACAUCAGUUGUUGAGAAGGUCCAAUGCUUUGUUUCUGCCUUAAAAGCAUUAUCAAAAAAGGAAGUUCAUUAUGGGGUUUAUGCUACAACAGAACAGGUGAGUGCCGCUGGUGACAUGUGUGCUAUAUGCCAGGAGAAGAUGCAGGCUCCCAUAUUGUUGAGCUGUAAACACAUGUUCUGCGAAGAGUGUGUAUCUGAAUGGUUUGAGAGAGAACGGACUUGCCCAUUAUGCAGGGCAUUGGUAAAACCAGCUGAUCUUCGGACCUUUGGAGAUGGAUCAACAAGCCUAUUUUUUCAGCUGUUUUAAGUUCACAUUGUUCGGCUUGUUGGGUCAUAUUUUUAAGCCAAAAAUCUUCCUGGGAAAUGUUUGGUACAAUUUUCCAUUAAUGGUUUCUAAUGAAAUUGAAAUUGGAAAAACGAAUAACAGAUAGUUCUAUACAUGGCUAAGGUAUAAGUUUUUCUAGUGUAAUGAGGUCAGAUGUACAAAGGGCUAUAGACAGCUGGCAUAUGAAAUCCGCGUGGAUCUCUUAACCUUAUACGCACAUCAAACGUGCUGGAAACAUUUUGUUUAUAAUGAUACAUUUCAAAUUAAUUCCCCAUUUCCCCUCA